AUGACAGAUAUUAUUCAUGUUAUUCAAUGGUGUCAAAAUCAAAUUCAUAUAUGUAAUUCAUCAGUGAUUAUUUUUAAUAAAUUAUUUAUAAAAACUCAUUCAAUAAUUUUACAAACAAAAUUUGCUAAAGGAAAACGAAAUGGAGGUAAAGAUCUUAAUAAAGUUUUAAAACAAAAUGAAAAUGAUGAAUAUUUUCAUUUUGAAAAAGAUUUUAUUCAAUUUUCGUGUAAUAUUUUAUUACCAAUAGAAAUACUUCCAAAUAGUCAUUUGUCUGAUAUAUUUUCUUCAGUUACAUUAUAUCAUACAUGGCAAAAUUUAUCUAUAAUCAAUGAAACAACUAUAGCUUUUAUCUUUUAUGUCGAUUUUUUUCGUCAUGAUCCAAAAUCUGUUCAUAUACUUUUUCUUGAUACUCAUCCGAAAGGUAAUUUAGAGGUAUUAUGGUUACAAUUAUUUCAUUCAUAUAUUCGUUUGGGACAUUUAAAUAUUUCUUCGAUAUUUUAUAAAGAAUUAAUCUGGUCACCAUCACAAGCACAAUCUGAAUUAGAUUUAAAACAAUCUCGACAAAAAGCACCAAGUUAUUUUUUUGAUUUUCGUCAAUAUAUUCUUGAAAAAUUUAAUAUUAUUUAUUCUAGAAUAAAUAAAAAUUUUAAUUAUCAAAAUUUAAAUAUAUUUUUUCUUGUUCGUCAUAAUUAUAUUGCACAUCCAAGAAACCCAACAGGAGAAAUAAAACGACAAUUAAUAAAUGAAAACCAAAUUCUUAAUGAAUUAAUACUUAAAUUUCAAAAUUUUUCAUCUAUUCAUUUUACUUUUAAUCAUUUCGAACAAUUAUCUAUGCAACAACAAUUAUCAAUUAUUAUACAAACAGACAUUUUUAUUGGUAUGCAUGGUGCUAGUUUAACAGAUGUUCUUUUUAUGAAAUCAAAUCGUGCUCUUAUUCAAUUUGCUACAACUGCUUGGCAAAAACAAACACAUUUCGAACAAAUGGCUUUGAUUAAUAAUAUUAAUUAUCAUCGCUGUUUAAUUCUUAAUGGACAUUCAACAACAGCACAAACUAUAUUUAAUUGUUAA